AUGGAAGGCUAUUACUGUAUCACAAACUACGAGGGUCUUAAAUCCACGGCAGAAAAGGUCCUCAUAUCCACUCGAAUGAUGUGCCCAAUCCCAGGUUAUCCAGGCACCUGGCGUGUACACAGUUCGACUCCGCGAACAGAGCUUCCGGAAGAAGCGAAAACUGUUGUUCAUGCGUAUCGUGAAAUGCAUCUACGCGAGAUCCCUAGGGAGAAAAUUGACCUAUGA